GCAACCUAGAAUACCAUAUUCCAAGCUCGCCCAGUCAGCCUACAACUGUUCCAUCUACAACUGUUCAUACAACUUCAACUCCAGCUCAGAGUACUACUAGAGUAGCUCCAUCCACACAAACUACGCACUCCUCCAGUCAGCCUGGCCCAUCUCCAACGGUUCAUACCACUACAACUCCAGCACAGACUACUACUACAGUGUCCCCAUCCACACAAACUCCACGCUCGUCCAGUCAGCCUACGCUUGGCCCAUCUCCAACGGUCCAUACCACGACAACUCCAGUGCAGACUACUACAGUGUCUUCGUCCACAAAUGGAUCAGCUGUUAUCUUAGUCAAGCUGAAGGUCAACAACUCUACUUCUGCACCCAGUGUAAGUGUCAUGCUCAGUGCUGUCAUGGCACUGCAGAACUCUCCAAACAGAACUUUGGUGAACUACACCCUUGGGGAUAUUUCAAACAACACCUAUGUGGUUAACCUUACAUUCAGCAUCAGCAACAUCAGCGUGCCUACAAACACUAGUGACAGCAGCCCCUUGACCCAACUGCAGAGUAACAUAAAUAACACUGUAAACACACUUCUAAACAACUUUGGAGUGAAUUCCUCUGCACUCACGACCUCCAACUUUGCAAGUUCAGGAAAUCAGAUUACUGGAUACAUGGAAUACCAAAUUCCAAGCUUGCCCAGUCAGCCUACGACAGCCCCACUGCCAACGGUUCAUACCACGACAACUCCGCUGCCUACUACUCAAGCGUCUCCGUCCACAAACAAUGGAUCAGCUGUUAUCUUAGUCAAGCUGGUGGUCAACAACUCCACUACUGCACCCAAUGUGGGUGUCGUGCUGAGUGCUGUGGCAGCACUGCAGAACUCUCCAAACAGCACUUUGCUGAACUACACCCUUCAGGCUAUUUCAAACAACGCCUAUGCAGUUAACCUUACAUUCAGCAUCAGCAACAUCAGCGUGCCUACAAACACUAGUGACAGCAGCCCCUUGACCCAACUGCAGAGCAACAUAAAUAACACUGUAAACACACUUCUAAACAACUUUGGAGUGAAUUCCUCUGCACUCACGACCUCCAACUUUGCAAGUUCAGGGAAUCAGAUUACUGGAUACAUGGAAUACCAAAUUCCAAGCUUGCCCAGUCAGCCUACGACAGCCCCACUGCCAACGGUUCAUACCACGACAACUCCGCUGCCUACUACUCAAGCGUCUCCGUCCACAAACAAUGGAUCAGCUGUUAUCUUAGUUAAGCUGGUGGUCAACAACUCCACUAAUGCACCCAAUGUGAGUGUCGUGCUCAGUGCUGUGGCAGGACUGCAGAACUCUCCAAACAGCACUUUGCUGAACUACACCCUUCAGGCUAUUUCAAACAACGCCUAUGCAGUUAACCUUACAUUCAGCAUCAGCAACAUCAGCGUGCCUACAAACACUAGUGACAGCAGCCCCUUGACCCAACUGCAGAGCAACAUAAAUAACACUGUAAACACACUUCUAAACAACUUUGGCGUGAAUUCCUCGGCACCCAUGACCUCCAACUUCUCAAGUUCGGGAAAUCAGAUUACUGGAUACAUGGAAUACCAAAUUCCAAGCUUGCCCAGUCAGCCUACGACAGCCCCACUGCCAACGGUUCAUACCACAACAACUCCUGUGCCUACUACUCAAGCGUCUCCGUCCACAAACAAUGGAUCAGCUGUUAUCUUAGUCAAGUUGGUGGUCAACAACUCCACUAAUGCACCCAAUGUAAGUGUCGUGCUCAGUGCUGUGGCAGCACUGCAGAACUCUCCAAACAGCACUUUGCUAAACUACACCCUUCAGGCUAUUUCAAACAACGCUUAUGCAGUUAACCUUACAUUCAGCAUCAGCAACAUCAGCGUGCCUACAAACACUAGUGACAGCAGCCCCUUGACCCAACUGCAGAGCAACAUAAAUAACACUGUAAACACACUUCUAAACAACUUUGGAGUGAAUUCCUCUGCACCUACGACCUCCAACUUCGCAAGUUCAGGGAAUCAGAUUACUGGAUACAUGGAAUACCAAAUUCCAAGCUUGCCCAGUCAGCCUACAUCAGCCCCACUGCCAACAGUUCAUACCACGACAACUCCGCUGCCUACUACUCAAGCGUCUCCGUCCACCAACAAUGGAUCAGCUGUUAUCUUAGUCAAGCUGGUGGUCAACAACUCCACUAAUGCACCCAAUGUAAGUGUCGUGCUCAGUGCUGUGGCAGCACUGCAGAACUCUCCAAACAGCACUUUGCUGAACUACACCCUUCAGGCUAUUUCAAACAACGCUUAUGCAGUUAACCUUACAUUCAGCAUCAGCAACAUCAGCGUGCCUACAAACACUAGUGACAGCAGCCCCUUGACCCAACUGCAGAGCAACAUAAAUAACACUGUAAACACACUUCUAAACAACUGUGGAGUGAAUUUCUCUGCACCCACGACCUCCAACUUUGUAAGUUCAGGGAAUCAGAUUACUGGAUACAUGGAAUACCAAAUUCCAAGCUUGCCCAGUCAGCCUACGACAGCCCCACUGCCAACGGUUCAUACCACGACAACUCCGCUGCCUACUACUCAAGCGUCUCCAUCCACAAACAAUGGAUCAGCUGUUAUCUUAGUCAAGUUGGUGGUCAACAACUCCAUUAAUGCACCCAAUGUAAGUGUCGUGCUCAGUGCUGUGGCAGCACUGCAGAACUCUCCAAACAGCACUUUGCUGAACUACACCCUUCAGGCUAUUUCAAACAACGCUUAUGCAGUUAACCUUACAUUCAGCAUCAGCAACUUCAGCGUGCCUACUAACACUAGUGACAGCAGCCCCUUGACCCAACUGCAGAGCAACAUAAAUAACACUGUAAACACACUUCUAAACAACUUUGGAGUGAAUUCCUCUGCACCCACGACCUCCGACUUUGCAAGUUCAGGAAAUCAGAUUACUGGAUACAUGGAAUACCAAAUUCCAAGCUUGCCCAGUCAGCCUACGACAGCCCCACUGCCAACGGUUCAUACCACGACAACUCCGCUGCCUACUACUCAAGCGUCUCCGUCCACAAACAAUGGAUCAGCUGUUAUCUUAGUCAAGCUAGUGGUCAACAACUCCACUAAUGCACCCAAUGUAAGUGUCGUGCUCAGUGCUGUGGCAGCACUGCAAAACUCUCCAAACAGCACUUUGCUGAACUACACCCUUCAGGAUAUUUCAAACAACGCCUAUGCAGUUAACCUUACGUUCAGCAUCAGCAACAUCAGCGUGCCUACAAACACUAGUGACAGCAGCACCUUGACCCAACUGCAGAGCAACAUAAAUAACACUGUAAACACACUUCUAAACAACUUUGGAGUGAAUUCCUCUGCACCUACGACCUCCAACUUCGCAAGUUCAGGGAAUCAGAUUACUGGAUACAUGGAAUACCAAAUUCCAAGCUUGCCCAGUCAGCCUACAUCAGCCCCACUGCCAACAGUUCAUACCACGACAACUCCGCUGCCUACUACUCAAGCGUCUCCGUCCACAAACAAUGGAUCAGCUGUUAUCUUAGUCAAGCUGGUGGUCAACAACUCCACUAAUGCACCCAAUGUAAGUGUCGUGCUCAGUGCUGUGGCAGCACUGCAGAACUCUCCAAACAGCACUUUGCUGAACUACACCCUUCAGGCUAUUUCAAACAACGCUUAUGCAGUUAACCUUACAUUCAGCAUCAGCAACAUCAGCGUGCCUACAAACACUAGUGACAGCAGCCCCUUGACCCAACUGCAGAGCAACAUAAAUAACACUGUAAACACACUUCUAAACAACUUUGGAGUGAAUUCCUCUGCACCCACGACCUCCAACUUUGCAAGUUCGGGAAAUCAGAUUACUGGAUACAUGGAAUACCAAAUUCCAAGCUUGCCCAGUCAGCCUACGACAGCCCCACUGCCAACAGUUCAUACCACGACAACUCCGCUGCCUACUACUCAAGCGUCUCCGUCCACAAACAAUGGAUCAGCUGUUAUCUUAGUUAAGCUGGUGGUCAACAACUCCACUACUGCACCCAAUGUGAGUGUCGUUCUCAGUGCUGUGGCAGCACUGCAGAACUCUCCAAACAGCACUUUGCUGAACUACACCCUUCAGGAUAUUUCAAACACCACCUAUGCAGUUAACCUUACAUUCAGCAUCAGCAACAUCAGCGUGCCUACAAACACUAGUGACAGCAGCCCCUUGACCCAACUGCAGAGCAUCAUAAAUAACAAUGUGAACACGCUUCUAAACAACUUUGGAGUGAAUUUCUCUGCACCCACGACCUCCAACUUCUCAAGUUCAGGGAAUCAGAUUACUGGAUACAUGGAAUACCAAAUUCCAAGCUUGCCCAGUCAGCCUACAUCAGCCCCACUGCCAACGGUUCAUACCACGACAACUCCGCUGCCUACUACUCAAGCGUCUCCGUCCACAAACAAUGGAUCAGCUGUUAUCUUAGUCAAGCUAGUGGUCAACAACUCCACUAAUGCACCCAAUGUAAGUGUCGUGCUCAGUGCUGUGGCAGCACUGCAGAACUCUCCAAACAGCACUUUGCUGAACUACACCGUUCAGGAUAUUUCAAACAACGCCUAUGCAGUUAACCUUACGUUCAGCAUCAGCAACAUCAGCGUGCCUACAAACACUAGUGACAGCAGCCCCUUGACCCGACUGCAGAGCAUCAUAAAUAACACUGUAAACACACUUCUAAACAACUUUGGAGUGAAUUCCUCUGCACCCACGACCUCCGACUUUGCAAGUUCGGGAAAUCAGAUUACUGGAUACAUGGAAUACCAAAUUCCAAGCUUGCCCAGUCAGCCUACAUCAGCCCCACUGCCAACAGUUUAUACCACGACAACUCCGCUGCCUACUACUCAAGCGUCUCCAUCCACAAACAAUGGAUCAGCUGUUAUCUUAGUUAAGCUGGUGGUCAACAACUCCACUAAUGCACCCAAUGUAAGUGUCGUGCUCAGUGCUGUGGCAGCACUGCAGAACUCUCCAAACAGCACUUUGCUGAACUACACCCUUCAGGAUAUUUCAAACACCGCCUAUGCAGUUAACCUUACAUUCAGCAUCAGCAACAUCAGCGUGCCUACAAACACCAGUGACAGCAGCCCCUUGACCCAACUGCAGAGCAACAUAAAUAACAAUGUGAACACACUUCUAAACAGCUUUGGAGUAAAUUUCUCUGCACCCACGACCUCCAACUUCUCAAGUUCAGGGAAUCAGAUUACUGGCUACAUGGAAUACCAAAUUCCAAGCUUGCCCAGUCAGCCUACAUCAGCCCCACUGCCAACAGUUUAUACCACGACAACUCCGCUGCCUACUACUCAAGCGUCUCCAUCCACAAACAAUGGAUCAGCUGUUAUCUUUGUCAAGCUGGUGGCCAACAACUCCACUACUGCUCCCAAUAUGAGUGUCGUGCUCAAUGCUGUCAUAGCACUGCAGAACUCUCCAAACAGGACUUUGGUGAACUACACCAUUCAGGAAAAUAUGUAA